AUGGCUAGCGUGAGCAAACAGGAUUUUAAGCCUUACUAUGUUCAAGAGUAAUAUCGAGAUAAUAGUAAUAACUAAUAAUAGUCGAUAUCUUAAUAGCAUCAAAAUAAUCUAUUGUAGUCUCAAAGACAAUAAACAAUUUUUGGCGGAAACAGGUCCAAAGUUCAUUUUUUCAGGGAAGACAAAUAAUCAAGAUCUAAAAGCAGUAAACCAGAAUCUAACUUUAAAAGAUUAGGAGGAAUAUUGGAGGAUGACUUUUUCAUUCCUUCUUUUUUAAAAGAUCAAGAUGCUCAAGAUAAAAAGUAGAACCAAAAAGAGGUUUAAUCUAAUAAUAAGUUUAUAGGGAUUUAACCAUAUAAUACCACCAAUUUAAAUAAAAUCAAUGCUGCAGAAUCUUAAAUAUAAUUAAGUGGAUUUCAGCAGGAUUUUAAUGAAUUUCAUGCUUUAAAUCAAGCUGAUAAAUUAAGAGAAAAUGAUCAAAUUAGUAAAAAACCAAUAACACAUAAAAAAUCGAAUUAAAUUAAGUUUUGGGAAAAAGAUUCAAAUAAUGAGAAAAAUCCCUUCAUCAUUUAAACUGAUGAGACACCUCAUUGGGAAAAUAGAUUUAAACCUCCUUGGCAAAUUUCAAAUCCAAUGCAAAGUGUCUACAAUGAGUUUGAUGCAUUUGAUAAAUCUGAAAAUCUAUCAGCCAAAGAUUAUGAAUAACAAUAAGAAAUUCAAGAACUAAAAUCAUAGGCCUCAUUUGAAUAGCAAGUAAAUAUUUCCUUUGGGGGCUGCGAUAUCAAUUUGUCUGAUGAUCAUAAGGAUGAAUCUAUUGAAAGAAAACCUCCAAAGAACUCCUUAAUUUUUGACACUUUUGUUAAUCCGAAGUUUAAUUUUGAAAAUCAAACUCCUUUAUCAAAGGAAAAGGCUAUUAACAUAUAAAAACUAUAAGAUUUUUCAGAAUAAACACCUGUAUUUAAAUAACAGGAGGAAAAUAAAUAAACUUUUAACUAAUAAAAAAAUAAUAAAAUUUAAGGUGAUUAAUAAAUGAUAUAUUUAAAAAAAUCUGGCAAAUGA